AUGUCAAAUCUUACAAAGCUCGAAUUUAACGCUCUUGAUAUCUCUGGCAACAAUUAUUUGACAUGGAUUCUUGACGCUGAAAUCCAUCUCAAUGCUAUGGGUCUUGGAGACACCAUAAAAAGUGGCAAUAUAAAAUCUGAACAAGAUAAAGCAAAGGCUAUGAUAUUUCUUCGCCAUCAUCUACACGAGGGUUUAAAAACUGAAUACUUAACUGUUAAGGAUCCCUCAAUCCUUUGGAAGGAACUAAAAGAAAGAUAUGAUCAUCAGAAAACGGUGAUACUCCCAAAGGCUCGUUAUGACUGGUUGCACUUACGUUUGCAAGAUUUUAAAAGUGUAAGUGAGUAUAACUCCGCUAUGUUUAAGAUAACUUCUCAACUGAAAUUAUGCGGUGAAAAUGUAUCUGAUAAAGACAUGUUGGAAAAGACUUAUUCUACUUUCCAUGCCAAUAAUGUGCUCCUGCAGCAGCAAUAUCGUGAACGGGGAUUCACAAAAUAUUCAGAACUUAUUUCAGUGUUACUACUUGCUGAGCAAAAUAAUGAGCUCUUAAUGAAAAAUCAUCAAGCACGUCCAACUGGAUCAACACCAUUCCCUGAAGUGAAUGUUGUGACCACUAACGAUUCUGAGCAAAAUAAACAAUUUGGACGUGGACGAGGGCAUGGACGUGGAUUUGUACGUGCCCGUGGACGUGCCCGUGGACGAGGUUUUGGGCAUGGUCGAAGUUAUACUCACCAACCUCACUCAAACUUUAAAAAGAAAUCUCACCACUUGAAGUGGACAAGAAAUGAGGAAAAACCAAAGGGAAGUACAGUGGUUACAAGGACUGAAAGUAUAUGUCACCGUUGUGGAAUGAAAGGCCACUGGAGUCGUACCUGUCGUACGGCCAAACAUUUAGUUGACCUCUAUCAAGCCUCUUUAAAAGGUGUUGAAACUAAUUUUACUGAGAAAAAUGAUUCCUUGGGAAUUGCCCAUCUAGAAGCACACCUUGGAAGUGGAAAUCAAGUUGAUCCUUCAAGCCUGACUCAUAUGGAAGUUGGUGAUUUUUUUGAGGAUGGGAAUGUGGAGAUGACCAAAUUUGAUGGCGGCGAGAACUAA